AUGGUGUGGAAUCGUAUCAAGUUCCCCAACAUGGCGGUGACCUUCAUGGGUAAGAACGCGCGCACACGGCUUCGUGACAACCAGUACGUCUUCCGCGUGGAGCCGCACUACACCAAGCACGAGAUCAAGGAGUAUUUGACCAAAGUUUACGACCUGCCCGUGGCCAAGGUCAACACCAUGAACUACGAAGGCAAGUUUAAGCGCGCAUUCCGUGGUCGCUACGUGUACAAGGAGAAGGACUGGAAGAAGACCAUCGUGACCCUCAAGCAGUAACUUAGGCGCUUAGUUAAAGGCGGCGACGACAGCAACGGGUUCUGCAGUGCGACGACCACGGUACAAGGAACAAAAGAGUAGAUAACAGUCGCUACUGCAGAAUGGAGCAAAAGUUCGCCUUAUAUCGCUAGCUUCGUUGAACCUGUGAAUAUGCAACACAGAAGGAAGCAAGGUGUGCGCCGCCGGGGAAUCGAGUAGUACUUGCGAAGCAACAGAUGAAAUGAAUACAAACACACGCGCAGUUUUCCCACUGCUCCGAUGUUAUGCCUGGCGUACUAGUUGUACUGAGAUUCUCUUAAGAAAUUAACGCUCCUUGAUGCGAAACCUAUAGGACAUCCAAGGCGGCGUCGACGGAAACGCAGUCUUAAGCACAAAGUGUCGACAUGGCAACGACUCUGUCCCCUCCUCCGCUUCAGCUGCAAGUCGCCGUCUUCCUCGCGCGUUCAUCUCCUUAAUCCUGCUGGCUAACAUCCUCGAAGUUGUCCACAAGGUCGGGGACCUCGUCGUCAUCGUCGUCAGCAGCGGCGGUCGAAGCAGCCUUGGCGGCCUUCUGGGCAGCCGUGUACGACUCGGCGAUCUGCUUGAGGUUGGCGAGGUUGUCCGGGCCCAGCUGG